GGCAUCAAACAUUUUAUACCAAAACAUCUCUCUGACCUCUGGCCGGAAUUCAUCAGCGGAGUGUGAAAUCCCGGUGAUUUCUCCGUUGAGAACUUUGACUUAUUAUUUCUUUACGAAAUUACAAUUGCCAGAUCUGUGUUCUAGCUGAAAAAAGAAAGAAAACCAGCUUGGUAAUGCACUGAAAAGCUUUGCAGAGAGCGCUCAGACCAAACCGCCACCUUCUUCUAUCUUUCUCCUUUAUUUUUGCUCUCUCUCUCAGACUCAGACUCAGACUCUGCUUCAGACUUCAGAGGCAGUGUGGCGUUGAAUGAUCUGGGAUUACAUAGCGUAAAACGCAAGGCAGAACCCCCCAUUGAAAAUGAAAGACCCAGAAGAGAAGAAGCAGGCGAUUCACUGGAAACCUCAGCACAAAUGCAUGGAUCACAAGGCAGAAACUCUUACUGUAGAUAUAAGUAGAAGAAAUGGAAGAAUAAAAAGAGGUAGAAAAAAGAUUGGUUCAAAUGUGGAUGAGUCUCCUGUUUCUCGCUGCAAGAGUUUAAUGUUCCACACAAGGCCUGGGUUUGGGCAGCUUGGAACCAAAUGCUUGGUUAAAGCUAACCACUUCCUUGCAGAUAUACCAGACACUAAUAUUAGUCAUUAUAGUGUUGAAAUAAUCCCUGAAGUUACUUCUCGUAGAGUGAGUAAAGCUAUCAUGACACAGUUGGUGAAACUGAAUAGAGAAACUGAGCUUGGUAUGAAACUCCCUGUUUUCGAUGGAGGAAGAAAUCUCUAUACGGCUGGAUUGCUGCCCUUUACUUGUAAAGAGUUCAUAGUUACUUUAAUUGAUGAACAUGAAGGGACAGAAAGUGCAAUGAAACAAGAAUUCAGAGUAACAAUCAAGUUCAUAGCUAUUGCUCGUAUGCACCAACUACGCAAUCUUCUUGCUGGAAAACAAGUUGAUACCCCUCAAGAAGCACUUAGCAUCAUUGAUAUAGUCUUAAGAGAGGUUGUGGCGCAAAGAUAUGUAGCAGUUGGAAGAUUCCUGUAUUCUCCUUGUAUUAAGAGACCGCAGCAGCUAGGCAGUGGUUUGCAAUCCUGGCGAGGUUUUUAUCAAAGUAUAAGACCUACUCAGAUGGGAUUGUCACUGAAUAUUGACAUGUCAUCUACUGCAUUCAUAGAGCCACUCCCGGUAAUUGAUUUCGUAACUCAAAUUUUGGAUAAGAACGUGUUUAUAAGACCAUUGUCAGGUGCUGACCGUGUUAAGGUUAAGAAAGCCCUUAGAGGUGUCAAAGUUGAAAUCACACACAGAGGAAAUGUGCGAAGAAAAUACCGGAUUUCAGGGUUGACAUCACAGCCUACAAGUGAACUACUUUUCCCAGUUGAUGAGCAAAUGAACAUGAAAUCAGUUGUUGAUUACUUCCAAGAGGUAUAUGGAUAUACCAUUCAGUAUCCUCAUCUACCUAGCCUUCAAGUUGGAAACCAGAAGAAGGUGAACUAUUUGCCAAUGGAGGCUUGUAAGAUAGUUGAAGGACAGAGAUACACAAAAGGACUGAAUGAGAAACAGAUAACUUCUCUGCUGAAGGUAUCAUGCCAAAGACCACAUGAACAAGAAGCUGAUAUUUUACAGACAAUUCACCAAAAUGCAUAUGGGGAAAAUGCUUAUGUGAAGGAGUUUGGCAUAAAUAUAGAUACCAAACUUGCACCAGUUGAGGCACGGGUUCUUCCAGCUCCAUGGUUGAAGUAUCAUGAUACUGGAAAAGAGAGAGAGUUUUUGCCCCAAGUUGGUCAGUGGAAUAUGAUGAACAAGAAAGUGAUUAAUGGAAGCACUGUAAAACAUUGGGCUUGUAUUAACUUCUCGCGAAGCAUCCAAGAGAGCACUGCUCGUGAUUUCUGUCAACAGUUGGCUCAGAUGUGCCAGAUUUCUGGAAUGGAAUUUAGUCGGGAUCCUGUGAUUCCUCCAUAUUCAGCUAGACCUGAUCAGGUAAAGAGUGCCUUGGAACAUGUAUGCUGUACUGCUGAAAAAACACUUGAAGGGAAAGAGUUGGAGUUACUCAUUGCCAUUCUUCCAGAUCACAAUGGCUCAUUGUAUGGUGACCUCAAACGAAUUUGCGAAACAGAUCUGGGGUUGAUUUCUCAGUGCUGCCUAACAAAGCAUGUUUACAAGAUUAGUAGACAGUACCUGGCAAAUGUCUCAUUGAAAAUCAAUGUCAAGAUGGGAGGAAGAAACACAGUGCUUUUAGAUGCUUUAAGGUCAAGAAUUCCUUUGGUCAGUGACAUCCCAACAAUUAUAUUUGGAGCUGAUGUAACUCAUCCUGAAUCAGGAGAUGACAUUUACCCAUCUAUAGCAGCUGUGGUGGCCUCCCAAGACUGGCCAGAAGUUACCAAGUAUGCCGGGCUGGUCAGCGCUCAGCCUCACCGGGAAGAACUUAUUCAAGAUCUAUUCAAAACUUGGAAGGAUCCUCAGCGGGGUACUGUCACUGGUGGCAUGGUAAGGGAACUUCUGCUUUCAUUUAAGAAGGCCACUGGACAGAAACCAUUGAGGAUUAUCUUUUACAGGGAUGGUGUAAGUGAAGGUCAGUUCUACCAGAUUCUACUCUAUGAACUCGAUGCCAUUCGCAAGGCCUGUGCCUCAUUAGAACCAUCUUACCAACCUCCAGUAACAUUUAUCGUGGUUCAAAAGCGACACCAUACAAGACUUUUUCCAAACAAUCACAAUGAUAGAAAUAGCAUGGACAGGAGUGGCAACAUCUUACCAGGUACUGUAGUGGAUUCGAAGAUCUGUCAUCCAACUGAGUUUGACUUUUAUUUAUGCAGUCACGCAGGAAUCCAGGGGACCAGUAGACCUGCUCAUUAUCAUGUUCUGUGGGACGAAAACAAUUUCAGUGCUGACGAGAUUCAAUCUCUAACAAAUAACCUCUGCUAUACGUAUGCUAGGUGCACACGAUCUGUCUCUGUAGUUCCUCCUGCUUACUAUGCUCACUUGGCAGCCUAUCGAGCUCGAUUCUACAUGGAACCUGCUGAUUCAAAUGGGAAUGCGAAAAUACGAAGCAAAUGCACAACAAAUGGAAACAGAUCUUGUGUUCAGCCUCUGCCUGCUUUGAAAGAGAAGGUGAAAAAUGUGAUGUUUUAUUGUUAAACUGGAAAAAAAGUUUGGGGAAACUGGUGGCCAAGCUAUACAGAGACUUAUAUAUGAGAUAAAGAAAUAUGGUGAAAAUAUUUGUACGUCUAUAUUUUGUGUUAAUGUGAUAGAGGAGAUAAUUUGUGCAUUGAAAAAUUUUGACAAUCAAUCUAACAAGCCUUUAAUUUGCCACACCUAGUUCAAGAUUAUAUGGAAUGAUUGUGAUUCUUUAUUUA